CACAUCUUCAAAUCUCACACCACUGAAUGAUUUACUCAGAGACUGGGUUGCUCUCCUCAAAUAUGUCUCAACAUCGUCUCAAACUUUGCUCAGAUUUGCCAAAGUCUGAAAAAGUCCAUUUAAAUUCGUACAAGGCCAAAUGAUCUGAGCUCAAGUUAACUUUAUUGUUCAUUCUGUUUGUCACGGAGCAGAAAUUUGUCUUUGACACUGGUGUCAUACAUAUACAAAAAAAAAAAAAACACUCGGAUUGCCUUGAUAUCGCUAGUUUUAUCCGACUUCUCGAACAUUCGCUACUAGCUUUAGCCCGUUAGCAAUAGCGGCGUGGUCACACUAGCGUUUGUACUCUUCUCACUCACAAUAUUAUUGUUCAUCUAUACUAAUGGCGGGCGUACCGAAUGUGUCUCUAUCUUUGAGUGCAGGUGAGGACACGUUCGAGCUGCAUGCGGUGCAGUUGGAGCUGGAGGCCGUGGAACGACAGAUCCGGACCCUUCUGGAGAAACAGGCCGAGCUACGGGAGUGGCGAACAGCGCUGGAAACAUCCCGUGCUGACGCUCACCAAUCCUCGGUAAGUUUGCAGCGCGAUAUUAACAUUCCUGCUUCCUCUACGCCGUGUACUUCUCUGCACAGGGCCCGAGAACCCAGAACGCGUUCAUCCCAGCCCUCAUUCACUCCGGCGCCGUCACACCAGGGACCUUGGGUUCUUCAGCAACGGAAGGCGCGAGCCAGGCCUCGGACCAGGACCUCUCCCCCUCCGCCGCCCCCGGUCUUCGAGGUCUCGACGAGGAACCGCUUCUCCCCUCUUCGCGAGGCAGAACGAGACGCCGUGGUCAUCGGAGACUCCAUCGUCCGUCACGUCCAUGCUACCACAACCAAAGGUAAGGUGCGCAGUCACUGUUUUCCUGGUGCUCGUGUCCUCGAUGUCUCUGCGCAGGUUCCCGCGAUCCUGAAUGGCGCUGAGAGCAUCGGAGCUGUUGUUCUGCACGUGUGGGUGAACGACACCAGGCUGCGGCAGACGGAGGUGCUGAAGCAGGACUUCAGGAGCCUGAUCGAGACGGUACGAGCCACAUCGCCCACGACGAGGAUCAUCGUGUCCGGACCGCUUCCGACGUACCGACGUGGACAUGAAAGGUUCAGUAGAUUAUUUGCUUUAAAUGAAUGGUUAAUGUCUUGGUGUACUGAACAGAAGCUGCUCUUUAUAAAUAAUUGGAAUCUUUUCUGGGAGCGACCUAGGCUCUUCCGUGCUGAUGGCCUGCACCCCAGCAAAAUCGGAGCUGAUCUUCUGUCGGAGAACAUCUCCAAGACGCUUCGCACCGUAUGACUAUUUCAGUUUGGAUCCAGCCUCUUAAGAAGACCUCAGAUGACUAAAACUUUGGAAGAGACGGCGCCAACUCCUGCGAUGACUUCAGAAGAUGCAACAUCUGGAUCAACACGCACAUUCACAUUCUAUAAAUCCUAAUUAUUGUUAAUAUGUAAUUCAUUUUUCCAGGAGCUCUUUGCUUCUACCUCCAAUUACAUUGCUAACAGUGAUUGUAUGUUAAUCGCCUAAAUUAUUACAUUAUUAGCUAACUGCAGUCUCCAAAUUGUAAUGUUGAUAUGCAUUCUCUGUAAAGCUGCUUUGAAACGAUAUGUAUCGUGAAAAGCGCUAUACAAAUAAAUGUGAAUUGAAUUGAA